AUGACACUCGGCCAAACAGUGACCGUGGUCAACAAGUCUGGCAAAGUCGUCAGUACGGGCAAACAAGUCGUCAACGUCUUCAAAGAAGCCAAAUCAGCCUACAGAGAACGCAAAGCCGAGAUCAAAGCUGUUCGGAAUGCAGAGCUCGAGCAGAAGCGUGUCCAGAAAACACUGGAGAAAUUUACACUAGAGGACGACCGUGCUUCACAAACCUCUCGCCGUUCUCACAAGUCGAGUAGAGACAAGAGGUCACAUCGCGAGCGUCCGGUUGUGGACCGUGGUUACUCGGAUAGUUUCUAUGUCAACGAUAUACCUUCGACCACUACAAGCCGCCGACAGUCAGGACUCCGCAAUGAAUUUACUCAGGAUGGAGAAAGACAGCACAACGAACUGGUCCGAAGACACACCACCGACCUGGGCCAAGGAGCUCACAGAUCGAGAACUUCACGUUCAGCAUCAGAGGCAGACAUCGACAUGGACCUUGCCUAUGGCGAAUUACCCCCACCACUGCCAGAACGCCCUCAAGCGAACGAAAUCGAGUUGCGAGACAAGAUGACUAAACUGCAACAACUCCUCGACGAAGCAAAUUGCGUCCAGCACUCCGUCAUCGCCACCAUCGAGAACCUCCAAAAGAACCCAGAUGCCUUAGCCGCUGUAGCCUUGACCCUCGGCGAAAUCAGCACCAUGGCAGCCAAAAUGGCACCUGGCGUACUCACAUCAAUGAAGACAGCCUUCCCAGCCAUCAUAGCCCUACUCGCAUCCCCACAAUUCAUGAUCGCCGCCGGCCUCGGUGUAGGCGUUACAGUCAUCGCUUUCGGCGGCUACAAAAUCAUCAAAAAGAUCCAAAAGCACAAAGAAGACGCUGCAGAGUCCAAAGCCAAUUCUCAACGCCAGAUCGCAGAUAACGACUCUGUUUCCGAGUACGACGAACUUUACGAACUCGACAGCGAUCUCAGUCACAUCGAAGUAUGGCGUCGCGGCAUUGCUGAUGCCGAAGCCCAAAGUUUGGGAACCAGUGUUGAUGGCGAAUUCCUUACUCCGGAUGCUGGUAGACUUCUUGUUGCAGAUGGUGUGCUGAGGGAACAAGAUCUCAAGUCUAUGCGUUCGAGCAAGUCGAAGAAGACGACCAAGUCUAAAAAGAGCAAGAAGGAUGCAAAGAGUGACAAGGAGUCUACGGCUGGCAGUUCAAAGGACAAGGAAAAGAAAAAGAAGAAAGAGCCGAGUGGGUUGAGGAUGCUGUUCAAGACGCGUGCUUGA